UGUGGGGCCGGCGUGGUGCCGGGGCCAUGGUUCUCCUGCUGCACCCACAGAGCUGCACUCCUAUGCCCAGACCUUGGUGGAUCUCCUGCGCCGGGCUGGGGACUUCAUUCGAAACCAGUUCGACUUCUCCUUCCUCACCCGCAGCCUGCCCCAGCUCCUGGGCAAGAUCUACGGGCACCUUUUCCCACCCCGCAUCCGUAGGGAUGCCCUAGGCCUGGCUGUGGCAGGGGGGCAGCCCGUCCCCACAGCAGAGGGACCCCUCGCCAGGCAGGGGGCUGGGCAGCCACCCCCCUUCGCUGGGCUCUUUGGGGCCGUGGGACCCCAGCUGCAGGACUGGGUGGAGGCACUGAGGGCCAUGGCAGGGGACAGCCCCCCAGCACCCGGCCCGGACGGGGGUCAGCUCCCUGGGGAGACGUGGCUCUUCUUGCAGCAGGGCGAGGAGGCAGUGCAGGAGCUGGUGGGACAGGGGCGAGCCUUUCUCACCCAGCUGCGGGCAGAGAUGGACCUCAGCACCCCUCUCGAAGCCAUGGAGCUGCGACAGGCACCCGGAGAGCUGAAACCCGUGCCGAGCCGGUCUGCGCUGAGGGAGAAACGUGAGCUGGUGCCCACGGAGCUGCCAGGGGUGGAGGAGGAGGAGGCAGGUGUGGGCAGAG